AUGGAUUCCGAAGGGCAACGAGUUUCUUCGAACCCAUCGGCAAUGCUGGCGACCCUUUUAUGCAAAAGGGCUAAGCUGCACGAAGACCUCCGGAUUAUAGAAAAACAGGUGUAUGAUAUGGAGACGAGUUAUUUGCAGGAUCCAAGCCAAUGUGGCAAUGUCUUGAAAGGUUUUGAAGGGUUUUUGUCAUCCUCCAAGAACACUACUCUCUUGAAACGAUCCAGGAAGUUUCAACCUGAAGACAGACUCUUCUCAUUAUCUUCUGUCACAUCCCCUGCUGCUGAAGAAGUUGCAAGAGAUGGUGGUGUCUCUGCAAACGGACCUGGAAAACCGAGGAAAGGUAGAGUGCCGAAGGACGCAAAGAGAAGGCAGUCUAGCGAAGCUGAUUUCGACUACGAAGAGGAUCCUGAUUUGAUGUAG